AUGUUGUUCACAAGAAGUCGCAAAAUUCACAACCCAUUCAAGAAAUCCUCAAAAUCUUCACAAAAAUCAUAUCACUACAACAGCUCUGCAAGUGAUUACAGCUUUGACGAUGAAGACUACGAUUACUACUAUAAUUACAGCAAUGAUAACGACGGGGCGGCCAGCCCAUCAAUCGCAUCUUCAAGACGUAGCUCUUUCUCAGUCGAAGAAGAGAUAAACUCGCAUCACAAUAAUAAUAGCAUCCCGAUAGUAUACCAGAAUUCGUUCUCAUAUAAUUCUAAUUCGGGAUUUUACGGAGCUCCAACUAUGCAAAAUAAAAAACGAUCACGACGACGAAGUCAUCAUGGACAUACAAGUGAGCAUGUGCACGCACAUCAUCAUCAUCGUAACUGCCAUUGCCAGCAACACAACACCUCCGCAAAGAAUGAGAAGAAAAGAAAACAUAAUAGCUAUCAAUCGUCGUCGUCAUAUAGUCCAUGCCGAAGUGUUACUGGAUUUGUGCUGUGGGCAAGAUUGACUUGGGUUAAAAGUAAGGAAGCAAAAACUAACGAGGAAGAGUUGAUUGGCUGUUGGCUUUAG